AUGUCCCUGUCGCUUAUCCCUUGCUGUUCUGACUGUGGUGUCGAUGUACGGCCUCCGGCUGAAGAAGUCUGUGCACUCCCACUCCAGCCGCUCUCGGACGACGAGGACGGGUCGCCAGCAUCGCCAGCACUAACAUCAAGAUCAAGGUUGGAGGCCUUGACGAACAUGUUCCCGGAAGAAAGCCUCGUCCGCUCUAUAACGCUGCGCAAGUCUUUACAACAGUUCGGGGUACUCUGGCGCAUGCCUUUGGCACAGUCUCCCCAGAUGGCGAACUUCUACGACUGGUCCGAGCCAGCACAAGGCUACGACUAUUUUCUGUCGCAUGCAUGGAGAACGUCAGGGUGGCUAAAGUACUUUUCCCUGCUGCUCUAUUCCAGCCAUCUUUUUCUUCUUAUACUUAUGCUUGUGCUGGCAUCUCUUGUGUACGCCAUAUGCAUGCUGGACCUCCUCCCGACCUUCGGCUAUGUCAGAUUGGUGGCAUUGGACUGGACGUGUCUACAGAGUGAGCUGAACCCGGGCUGUCCCACGGGGCCUUGGGUUAUUGGAGGCGGCUUCCUCGCAGUCGUUUCAGGCCUCUUCAUUGCUCCGCACCUGCCCAGCUUCUGCGCGAGAUCGGACCUGUGCUUCGUGGACGCUGCAUGCAUCCACCAAGCUAGCCCCGAGAAGAAACAGGCGGGUAUCGAUGCGAUCGCCGGCUUCCUCAGCAAGUCCCGCCAGCUGCGAAUCCUUUGGUCGCCUCCCUACUUUUCAAGGCUGUGGUGCGUCUUCGAGAUUGCGGCCUAUCGCAAGGUCAAUCCGAGGGGAGGGCUGGUGUUCGCACCCAUGUUUUUGGAGCGCACUGUCCUUCUGAUCGUCUUCGGGUCCUUCAUCAUGGCAGGCUUCUUCUGGAUCGUCGAUGCCAACAACUAUGAUCCCAGGGUGAAAGGCGUUUGUGUGGCCAUCAACCCGCUGAUACUACUGGUCCACCUGCUGCGGAGCAAUGCCCGCGACAAGACCACCCUUCUUCAAGAUUUGGAGCGCUUCGACCUUGAGAACGUCCACUGCAGCCUGGAAGCUGACAGGGAGUUUGUUAUGGCGGCCAUCGACCGUUGGUACGGCAGCCCAAAGGCCUUCACGGAGUAUGUGCGAGGUCCUUUGCGGCAAGAGCUCUUGAAAUCUGCUACGAAAUUCUCCACGACCUACAUCUUUUUGAUGACAGCGCCGGCGAUAUGUGCAGCACUCGAAGAUCACCUGGCGCUUUGGAAGGCUAGGGUUCCCGUGAGAACUGCAGCUGCCCAUUUCGUGGCCGUGGUGCUUGGCGACUACACAUUGUGGAUGUCCUUCUGUAUGCGGAUGCUCAUAGCCCUUUGCUUCUACUUCGAUGCCAAAUGCCGCUGGAAGAUCAUCGACUACCUGUUGACCAUCUUCAUACAUGUGAUCUUCUGCGGCACCGCUUUCGCUGGCGAACUCAUAGGCGCAGAGGCGAGCCGAAGAGGCCUUUGGACAGCUUGUGCUUUCAUGGUCUUUGCGGGUGCGCUCCUGGUUGGAAUAACGCGCCUUACGUGGGGAGUUUGCAGAGCUUAG